GCUGGAGAUGGGGCUCGAUCCCACAACCCUGGGAUCAUGACCUGAGCCCAAAUUGAGACUCAGACGCUCAACCCACUGAGCCACCAGGCCCCCCAGGAUCAAGUAUUGUCUGGAAGCCGUCCUGCAUCUGCAAGAGAGAAAACUGCGUCCACCUCUCGCAGAUACACUGUCCCAGCCGUCCCCACUUGGCUCACUGGACAUCCAACAAACAGGGAGUCAGCGCCUGCCGUCUGCCACUGGGCCACACGCUCACCCCUUCACGAGCCACACAGAAAUGGCCCGCGCUAUUUCCCAUGAAAGGAUGUUGAGAGGACUCGUAGCCCUGGUUUAGCGAGGGAAAUCUCUCUUGGGGGGGUAGUACUCAAUAUGAAAUGAAACCAAGCAGUUGCUGACAAAUUUUGAAUGGAUGGCUAUUGAAAAGCUGGAGAGAACGUCACUAACGCAACCAACACUUGUUAACUCUGGCUUGAGACAGCUUCCCGAAGGCAGACUGGAAACCCUCACAGGGCUCAGUCCAGGAGUUUGCGGGCAGCCGGGGGAGGAGGCUGAAAAGGUCCCAGCAGACCUUGGUGGAGGGCAUGCCUGCUGGCCCCGUGCACCUGCUCAGGCAGCCCGCCAUCGUGAGCCUCCCCCAUGGGGAUGUGGGCAGAAAGCAGCCGCGGCCCCCACUGAGGAAGGCCCUGAGUGUCCCAGGCCAGCACCCGGGCAAAGGAGCCUGCUGGUGUCGUGGAAACGCCUCAGGAAAAGAUCAAAGCGCCCCUCCUUGUGCAAGGCAAGGCGGUGCUGUAAGAGCAGCCCCAGACAGAGGGCAAAGGUCCCCCCCCCCACCCAAACUGCUGCACCAGACCUUCUCCUGUGGUGUCUGUUUUUUUCUGAAAGGAAAAGCACAGAAUUGGUCAGUAGGAAACCAGGUAGAGAUCUGAUUUCCUGCGGUGAAGCCAGUGCCCGGGCGCCUCCCGGCUGUGUCCCCUCACUGCCCCAGGCCCUUCCGCCAGCCUCCCCUACUCUCCCCCUCUGCCCCAGGCCCAACCCUGGGCCAGCAUGGCCCUUUAUUUGGAAACCUCUCAGAUGGCCAGUGUCUCUCUCAGGUUCCACCGGGUCUGACCAUGCCCGCCUCCGUCCCUGCCCCCCCCCACCUGUCUGGCUGGACGCUGCCCAGCCACAAGAGCCCAGUCCCCCCAUGGGGCCUUUGCCGUGGUGGUUCCAUCCGCUGGGAUCACUCAUCACUCCCCUCAGAUCCCAGCUCGAGUUUCCUCUUCUCCAAACGCUCUUCCCAUCAGGCAGGUCUCCCUGGCGGAGGUGCAGGCGCCAGGUGCCGUCAGCUCAGGCCAGGAGGCGUGGAGCCCAUGUCUCUGCAUCCCGGGCACCCAGGCUGUGCCCGUCACCUGGCAGGGCAUCAGAAACAGGUCAUGAUGCUGGGUACUGGGCGAGAGACUCUAUGCUCUGGAUCUGGCCCCCACUGCUCGUCAACACCCUUCUUGCCAAGGCCACCAGCGUCCCCCUCGGCACCGCCUCCAGUGGACCUCUUUGCAACCCGGCCUGGGGUCCGGGAGGGGCCUGGCCGCCCGCUGAGACCAGGCUCGCGAAGCUACGAAGCCGGGCGCCGCUCCCGCCGCAGCCGACAGCCCUGCAGCAGUCGGCAGCAACGAGCCCACCGCCCCACCAGCCACCGCGCCUCACCCCCAGCGGCGGCUGGAGUCCCCGGAAGACUCCAAAGGCCCAGAGGAGCCGGGGUAGGGGGCUCGACUUCCGGGACGCGCAGGGGCUACUUCCGGGAGCGAUGCGCGCCCACCCCUGCCUGCGGAUGCAAAUCGACUCCAGGCUGGUCCAGUCCUCCUGUUUGGGCUAA